UUCAAAUCUCUCCCUAUCGACUUCGAACUCUCAAACGCCUCAAAGAAGAAAGAGGAUGCGAGGCAGCGGACGCGACCCAGGUGACGGUGAUGGCGAUGGCGACGACUCAAACGAUGACGAUCGACCCAAGAAGAGAAGUGAGAAGGGCUCGCCAGAUCGGCUUCCUCACCGCCGACUGAAAUGCCCUUUCUACCAGCGGCAGCCAGAGAAAUACAGAAAAGCAGCAUGCAGAGGCGAAGGAUUCGUGGAUAUGGCAAAGUUGAAGGACCACAUCAAACGCGUCCAUACACAACCACUGCGCUGCUCCCGAUGCUGGCUGGAGAUGAAGUCCGAGGAAGCGUAUGCCGAACAUCUGCAGCAGGAAGAUAUUUGCAAGAAGAAGGCUGAACCGCAAGACGAUCGUAUCCGUCCGCAGCUUUUGAACCGGCUUGACUUCAAGAAGGCUCCGUAUGCUAACGCGAGGAACGUCGAGGAGAAAUGGAAGAUUCUGUUCUCAGUACUAUUUCCAGGCCAUACCGACAUACCGUCACCGUAUGAGCAUCAAGGAAUGAGCCCGCGACUCGAGCGCGCCCUUUCCGAAGCCCUCGAGGAAGAACUGACUCGCGAGCUUGCACCUAUUCUCGAGCCAAUCAUGAACAAGAUCAAGGGCUGCAUACCCGCCAUCAUUGAGAGCUGCCGCCAAAAGCUGAUGACUACGUGUCCAUCUUCGGAUGACGAAGCUGUUUUCACGCCAUCCGUCAGAUCGUCCGGCAUAGGCAGUAGCGACAGCGAGCCCGGCAGCUUGACAAAGCAGGCUAGACAUCGGGCCAGCCCUACCGCAUCUCAAUUCUCGGGAAGUAGCUUCGAAGUCGUCUCCAUCCCGGAGGUGCUUCCAAACAAAGCGCAGGGGAAACGACUGCAACGCCCUGUGGCUUCCACUAGCGACAUGAGCAAAGACAGCCGACAGGAAGUCUCAUCGCCGGGGAGCAGUACCGACUACAGCAUGUUUAAUCCCGAUGUGCCGUUCUCAACCCAUGAUCUCCAAGGAAACACUAUGGACAAUUCGUUUGACGACUUCUUUGCUAUUGGGCAUGAACCCGAGCUUUUCACUCUUCCUGGAAGCUUUCCAAGUGAUUCCGAUCCUGUCACUGAAUGCAGCUUAGCUAGUUUCGUGAACACCCGUGGAUCGUUAUCCGGACCAUACGACGUCGUAGAGGCUCUGCCACAACAGAAUAAUCCGAGUCUGUCUGGAUCUCAAUUACCAACCUGGCCGUUGCCAGAAGAUGGAUGGGAUCGUGGGAAUACAACGCAAGGACAGUCUGGAGGAGAGCAGCAAGGCAGCACGAUUUCUCAAGAAAUGCUUCCGUCUCAGCAAUGGGAGGCCAUAAUGAAAGACUUGGAAUUUUCGCAUCUAUCAAACCAUUGAUAGAAUAUUAAUCUCUAGGGUUUAUUUUUCCUGUAUAUUUUACUUUACGAUAUACCCUUGUACUGUUCUAUUCUUUUAUAUAGGUAUGAAAUCGAAACGCAUCGUCAGUCAAGC